UAGUGGGCUUCCUCGUAAGAUUUUCUUUUUUUCUUAGGAUUUUCGUGGCUUAAAAAAAAAAGUUUGAAAACCGCCCGUCUAGCAGUUUUUACCACAAGAAAACUGAGGCACAGAGAGGAAAUGACUUGUUUAAGAUCACGCAGCAAGUCGUAGUGGAACAGGGGUUAGACGUCAGAGUUAAGAAGGGACCUCCCAGCGUCUUUAAUAGGAACGGCUUGGAGUCUCUUUGCUGGAGAGACCAAUUGGUUUCCAAGUGGUCCUUGAGUGGAGUGGCUUUCUGUGUGUCCAAGCCAGACCCCCCAGUGCCUGGGGAGCAGCGGUGGUAUCUGGGAGCGGCAGCCCUCUUCCUGCCUCCAGCCCUGCCCGCCUCAGCCCCAUGCCCCCGCCAGUCAGCCCCGGGCCACAGGCAGUGAACAGGCACGUGGGAGCCAAGGCCCUGUGACCAGGCCAAGGAGACGGGAGCUCCGGGGUCCCAGCCACCUGCCCCCCCAUGGAGCUGAGGCCCUGGUUGCUAUGGGUGGUAGCAGCAGCAGGGACCUUGGUCCUGCUGGAAGCUGAUGCUCGUGGCCAGAAGGUCUUCACCAACACGUGGGCCGUGCACAUCCCCGGAGGCCCAGAGGUGGCUGAUAACGUGGCACAAAAACAUGGCUUCCUCAACCUGGGCCAGAUCUUCGGCGACUAUUACCACUUCUGGCAUCGAGCAGUGACAAAGCGGUCUCUGUCGCCUCACCGCCCGCGGCACAGCCGGCUGAAGAGGGAGCCUCAAGUGCGGUGGCUGGAGCAGCAAGUGGUCAAGCGACGGACCAAACGAGACGUGUACCAGGAGCCCACGGACCCCAAGUUUCCCCAGCAGUGGUACCUGUCGGGUGUCACUCAGCGGGACCUCAAUGUGAAGGAAGCCUGGGCCCAGGGCUACACGGGUCGCGGCAUCGUGGUCUCCAUUCUGGACGACGGCAUUGAGAAGAACCACCCAGAUUUGGCAGGCAAUUAUGAUCCUGGGGCCAGUUUUGAUGUCAAUGACCAGGACCCUGACCCCCAGCCCCGGUACACACAGAUGAAUGAUAACAGGCAUGGUACACGGUGUGCGGGCGAAGUGGCUGCAGUAGCCAACAAUGGUGUCUGUGGUGUAGGUGUGGCCUACAACGCCCGUAUUGGAGGGGUGCGUAUGCUGGAUGGUGAGGUAACAGAUGCAGUGGAAGCACGCUCGCUGGGCCUGAACCCCAACCACAUCCACAUCUACAGUGCCAGCUGGGGCCCCGAGGAUGAUGGCAAGACAGUGGAUGGGCCAGCCCGCCUAGCCGAGGAGGCCUUCUUCAGGGGGGUCAGCCAGGGCCGAGGGGGGCUGGGCUCCAUCUUUGUCUGGGCCUCGGGGAACGGGGGCCGGGAACAUGACAGCUGCAACUGCGACGGCUACACCAACAGCAUCUACACGCUGUCCAUCAGCAGCGCCACGCAGUUCGGCAACGUGCCCUGGUACAGCGAGGCCUGCUCGUCCACACUGGCCACGACCUACAGCAGUGGCAACCAGAACGAGAAGCAGAUCGUGACGACAGACUUGCGGCAGAAGUGCACAGAGUCUCACACGGGCACCUCAGCCUCCGCCCCCUUGGCAGCCGGCAUCAUCGCACUCACCCUGGAGGCCAAUAAGAACCUCACCUGGCGGGACAUGCAGCACCUGGUGGUACAGACGUCGAAGCCAGCCCACCUCAAUGCCAACGACUGGGCCACCAAUGGCGUGGGCCGGAAAGUGAGCCACUCCUAUGGCUAUGGGCUGUUGGACGCAGGUGCCAUGGUCGCCCUGGCGCAGAACUGGACGACGGUGGCACCACAGCGGAAGUGCAUCAUCGACAUCCUCACUGAGCCCAAGGACAUCGGGAAGCGGCUAGAAGUGCGGAAGAGGGUGACCCGAUGCAUGUGCGAGCCGACCGCAUGCCUGGGCGAGCCCAACCACAUCACCCGGCUGGAGCACGCGCAGGCGCGCCUCACCCUGUCCUAUAAUCGCCGUGGUGACCUGGCCAUCCACCUAGUCAGCCCCAUGGGCACCCGCUCCACCCUGCUGGCUGCCAGGCCACACGACUACUCCGCAGAUGGCUUUAAUGACUGGGCCUUCAUGACAACCCAUUCCUGGGACGAGGACCCCUCUGGCGAGUGGGUCCUGGAGAUUGAAAACACCAGCGAAGCCAACAACUAUGGGACGCUGACCAAAUUCACCCUUGUGCUCUAUGGCACGGCCCCUGAGGGGCUGCCCAUGCCUCCUGAGAGCAGCGGCUGCAAGACCCUCACGUCCAGCCAGGCCUGUGUGGUGUGUGAGGAGGGCUUCUCGCUGCACCAGAAGAACUGCGUCCAGCACUGCCCAGCAGGCUUCACUCCCCAAGUCCUCGAUACGCACUAUAGCACCGAGAACGACGUCGAGACCAUCCGGGCCAGUGUCUGUGCCCCCUGCCACACCUCGUGUGCCACAUGCCAGGGGCCGGCCCCCACAGACUGCCUCAGCUGCCCCAGCCAUGCCUCCCUGGACCCUGUGGAGCAGACAUGCUCCCGGCAGAGCCAGAGCAGCCGCGAGUCCCCACUGCAGGCGCAGCCGCCGCCGCCCCGGCCACCCCCAGAGGUGGAGGUGGAGCCGCGGCUGCAGGCCGGGCUGCUGCCCUCGCACCUGCCUGAGGUGGUGGCUGGCCUCAGCUGUGCCUUCAUCGUGCUGGUAUUCGUCACUGUCUUCCUGGUCCUGCAGCUGCGCUCUGGCUUCAGCUUCCGGGGAGUGAAGGUGUACACGAUGGACCGGGGCCUCAUUUCCUACAAGGGGCUGCCCCCCGAAGCCUGGCAGGAGUGCCCAUCUGACUCUGAAGAGGACGAGGGCCGGGGCGAGAGGACCGCCUUUAUCAAAGACCAGAGCGCCCUCUGACGAGCCCACUGCCUGCCCCCUCGAGCCGAUCCCCUCCUCGGGCACUUUUUAAUUCACCAAAGUAUUUUUUUAUCUUGG